AUGCAUGAGGCGUACGAGGUUUCUCAUCUUCUCAACGCAACGGUGCAGAUUGAAGCAAUCGCUGCUUAUGAUGAGAACCUAUUUUUAGGGACAAGACAGGGUCACCUGCUUAUGUACUCAUUGGCAACUAAUAAUGGCAAUCAAAAGUAUGAACUCCAGUUGCUUCGAUACUGUAAAAACUUUAGCAAAAAACCUAUCCAACAAAUUGAAGUUAUUCCAGAAGACAACCUAUUAUUGUGUCUAACUGAUAAUGUACUAUCUUCAUAUGACAUAAAUGGAGUUAAUUUUCCACUAGUCAAAACAUUCUCCGAAAGCAAAGGUGCUUCCCUUUUUGCGUUAGAUAACAAGUCAGCUACAUCAAUGACAGGUGAAUCUAACUCCAUUGUACACUUAUGUGUUGCUGUUAGGAGGAAGUUGCAGCUAUAUUAUGGAAAAAAUGGAAAGUUCCAGAAACAUCUCUUUGAUUUCACAAUUCCCGAUGUACCUAAAGUUAUGGCGUGGGGACAGCAAUAUUUGUGUGUUGGUUUUAAAGGGGAAUACACUCUUUUUGAUCUUUCUUCGGGAGAUCCUAAAGAACUUUUUCCAACAAGCAGUUCAAAGUCCCAAGAGCCAACAAUUGCCAAAUAUUCUGCAACAUCUUUUCUCCUCGGCCGUAAUAAUACAUCAGUACUGGUUGAAGAAGCUCAAGAUAUUGAAGUUAAGAACACAAUUAAGUGGAAAGAGGCACCUAUUGCUGUGGUUUGGGAUGAACCAUUUAUCCUUGGCCUUCAACAAGAUCAAGUUGUAAUACAGACAGUGGAGCCAGCCUUAUUUAUACAGACUUUACCGGAUUUAAAUAAAGCAAGACUUAUGUAUAGAUGUAAGCGUGGCCUUAUCUUCGUUUCGUCAGUGGGUCAAGUUUGGUGUCUCAGUUCAGUGGACAUCACUAAACAGAGGCAGCAGUUACUGAAGGACAAACAUUUCCAGAUAGCUAUAGAUUUAACGAAUCUUUCGGACUGUUCGCCCGAUGAGAAGCAGCAAUCCAUUCGUUCGAUCCAAAAGUUAUACGCCAUCGAGUUAUUCGAGAGCAAACUAUACUCGCAAUCCAUGAGAGAAUUUAUGAAACUCAAUACAGAUCUGGAGUUCGUUAUAAAAUUGUUCCCUGAAAUAGACAAUAAACCUGGUACCGAAGUCAAAAAACCGAAAGGGAAAGAUUCCGAGAACCCUCUCAACGCGUUGAUAGAAUAUCUAUUGGAAUAUAGAUCGAAGAUUGGUAAAAAUGCUCAGGAGUCGAGCGGUAAAGACGAACCAAAUCAGAAGACUAUACAACAACAAUUAGAACUGAUUGAUACUACGUUAUUGAAGUGCUAUUUACAGACUAACGACGCUUUAGUGGCUUCAUUGCUGCGUCUCAAUAACUGUCGUUUAGAAGAAUCUGAGAGUACGCUUCAAGCGCACGGCAAGCACAGCGAAUUGAUCAUUCUGUAUCAAACUAAGGGCCAACACACUCAAGCGCUGCAGCUGCUUAAAGCUCAAGCAACCCAACAAGACUCGAGCCUUAAAGGCUUUCAUAUGACCAAGAAUUACUUACAACACCUCGGUGCUGAACAUUUGAAUCUGAUAUUUAAGUUCUCCGAUUGGAUAUUAGAGGAGCAUCCUGAAGAAGGUUUGAAAAUCUUCACUGAGGAUAUACUAGAAGUGGAAAAUCUACCACGACCUAAAGUAUUGGACUUUUUACUUAGAGAACAUGAAUCUUUGGUCAUACCUUAUCUUGAACACGUGAUACAUACAUGGAAUGAUACAAAUUCAUUAUUCCAUGAUGCCUUAAUAAGAAUGUAUAGAGAGAGAAUCACUGAUAAAAAAACAAAUGCGACUGAGGAAGAAUUACAGCAUAUUAAGUCCAAAUUAGUAUCGUUUUUGGAGAAAUCAUCUCAUUAUACUCCAGAGAGAGUUAUAUUACAUUUUCCGAACGACAGUUUGUUUGAAGAGAGAGCUAUUAUUUUGGGAAAGCUUGGAAGACAUGAACAGGCUCUAUCGAUUUAUGUACAGGUUCUUGGUGACGUGGAUAGAGCAAUCAGGUAUUGUGAGAACGUCGCUGAUAAAAACGCAGAUGUGUAUGUAAUAUUGAUAAGAAUACUCAUGAACCCAGAACAAAAUACUUCACUGACUGGACCUUUGGCCAAUGUACCAAGACACCCGAACGCUUCAGUACCCGAUGUAGAAACAGCUCUAAGUGUAUUGGAGAAACACGCGGACAAAAUAUCACCUAUCAAGGCAUUAUCAGUGUUGCCAAGCUCUGUACCGUUAAGUCGACUUAAAGUGUUCUUGGAGAGCGCUUUGGAAAGUCAGUUAAGUUUGAAGAGACGUACACAAGUAUUGAAAGGAUUAUUAUACGCUGAACAUAUACAGGUACAAGAAUUGAAACAAUUUCACGAAUCUAAGAAGAUAGAAAUAAACGACUACAAAGUUUGUCCCGUUUGUAAGAAGAGAUUUGGCAAUCAGAGCGCAUUCGUCAGAUAUCCUAAUGGGGACAUAGUACAUUAUUCAUGUAGAACUGAUAACCGAUAG